UUGCAGCCACAGCAGCAACAAGAAUUGAUAUAUUUUGAAUUAGAAACACGCUUUUAUGGGCAGUUCGCCAAAAUUGCAUACACUGGAAGAGAAGAUAAAUGGGAAAACUGGCAAACAUGCUGUUUGACGAACUGGGGCACUUUGGAUAUUGCGAAACGCUUGCGCCAUACACGCCUCAUCGCCGUCAGCGGUAAAUGCCGAAAGUUUAAAACCGUAAUCUGUAUCAUUAGCCCGCAACAACCCUUAAAACCGCUGCUCCAUCUAAAAUUGAAUAUGGAAACUAAAAAUAAAGUAAUUUCUGUCCCGUCGUCGAUUUAUUCUAAGUCAUUAUCAAAGGCCCGCCCAUAA